AUCAAUUGUCAGUUGUUACUUGUCAAAGUAGAUCGCCAGCCAUUUGCCAUUUGCAGUGCUGUAAAUAAUCGAAAUUAUUAUCAAAAUAUAAUCUUAAAAUUUUAUUGUAUUAUCAAAAUAAUAAAUACAUAUUCCAAUGUCCUCACUGAAAGCAAAAGAUAAGUCAGAGCCAGUGGCAUAUAGCGAAGCAGCUUUAAGAAACAAUGCAGUGGUUGUGGAAUAUUGUAGAACUUCGAUGGCUGCGUUGUCAGGUUCUACUGCAGGAGUGCUCGGCCUUACCGGUAUCUAUGGGUUUGCAUUCUACGUAUUUGCAGUGGUCAUCCUUUGGGUGAUGUUCAUGUUGAAAUCAGGUUCCAAUUGGAGUAAAUAUUAUGUGUCAAGACAAAGCUUAUUGACAAAUGGAUUCUUGAGACUCUAUUUACCUAUGUACUAUUCUGGACAUUUAUAUAUGGGAUGGUGCAUGUAUAUUAGCUGAAAUAAAUAAUAAUUUGUAUUUAUAAAGGAUGAAUUUCAUCAUCAAAUAUUUUAAUGUAAUUACCGAAUGGAAAGGGUCAUGAAAUAUUACUGAAACAAUAUUCCAUUAAAUUUAAAUUGUUAGCCAUCAAUCGUUACUAUGAAAAUUCAUGAAAUAUUUCAUUGUUUGAUGAAUAAGGAAUAGUGGAUGAGUUGUGAUAUAAUAUUAGUUAUUCCUUUAUCUGUAUUCAAAGUAGAUUAAAUAAUACUUCAAGACAAUGUGCAUCUUUUAAAGAUUUCUGUUACAAAUAUUUUAAGUUAUAGCUGCAAGUAAAUUGAUGGCGAAUUAUGUUUUAAUGUAAUAGCAUAUUGACUUGGUGAGAGUGGAACAGAUUGUUAAUAAAAAACUACAAAAUGUCAAAAUUAAUACACAUUAUAAGAAUUUAAAAAAAACACCCAAUGGGAUAGUUAUUUAUUAGCGCCAACAUUUU